GUCCCCAACCCUCCCUCUUGGCGGCGGGUAGGGGGCGCUGCGGUCGGGGCGCCCCGAGGGGGCGGGCCCGGUCGGGGCGGGGCUGGCCGGCUUCCAGGCAAGGGCUCUGGCCGCCCGCGCCGCCGGGCCGCUCCGGGGACGGGCCGGGGCGGGGCGCGGCAGCAGGAAACGGGGCGGGGACUCGCGGAGGCGUUGGGGAGCGAGGGAGGGCGCGGCCAACUCCCGGAGGGACAGCAGGCAGAGACAGCGGCGCCCGGCUCUGGCGCCGAGCCUGAGCCCGCCGGACAGGAGGCGGCCCAGCCGCGGGCUCGGCCUCGGCCCCAGUCCCGCCAGCAUGGCCGGCCGGACCGUGCGGGCCGAGACCCGGAGCCGGGCCAAGGAUGACAUCAAGAAGGUGAUGGCGACCAUCGAGAAGGUCCGGAGAUGGGAGAAGCGCUGGGUGACUGUGGGCGACACUUCCCUUCGUAUCUUCAAGUGGGUGCCAGUGGUGGACCCCCAGGAGGAGGAGCGACGAAGGGCAGGUGGCGGGGCAGAGAGAUCCCGAGGUCGGGAACGGCGGGGCAGGGGCGCCAGUCCCCGAGGGGGUGGCCCUCUCAUCCUGCUGGAUCUCAAUGAUGAGAACAGUAACCAGAGUUUCCAUUCGGAAGGCUCUCUGCAAAAGGGCACCGAGCCCAGCCCUGGGGGCACCCCCCAGCCCAGCCGCCCUGUGUCACCUGCUGGACCACCAGAAGGGGUCCCAGAGGAUGCUCAGCCCCCACGGCUGGGCCAAGAGAGAGAUCCUGGGGGCGUAACUGCAGGCAGCACCGAUGAACCCCCAAUGCUGACCAAGGAGGAGCCUGUUCCAGAAUUGCUGGAGGCUGAGGAUUCGGGAGUGAGAAUGACCAGAAGAGCCCUCCACGAGAAAGGUCUGAAGACAGAGCCCCUCAGGAGGCUCCUUCCCAGAAGGGGCCUCCGGACAAACGCCCGGCCGGGUUCCGCGGUGCUGCCGGACACCAGAGCUCCCGGGGGAGGAAGCAAGGCCCCGAGGGCACCCAGGACGAUCCCCCAGGGGAAGGGGAGGUGAGCUGGCUCCCCAGGCAAGGCGAGGCCCUUGGGUCUCUCUUGGCCGCCCCAAGAUCCAGCCACCGACCCGUGCCGCGAGGGUGGAAAGAGCCUCCCAGCCCUACAGCUACCGCAGGCACUUCGGGCCCGAGCGGCCCUCGCCCGCCUCGAACCUAAGGUCACAGCACCCAUCUUGCUCGCCACAGACCCCCGCACA